AUGCUUCAAGUAUCUGAACUGAAUCAACUCAUGAUUGAUAUAAUGUUGGAUGCAGGAGAAGAAGAAGCGAAUAUGAAUGCAGAAGUGGAAUUGAUGAAUACGAUGAGUUCCCAAUAUCACAAGAUAAAAUGUAGUUUCGAUAAGUUAAUAUGUCAAAGCAGUGUCUUCAAGAAAUCAGAAUCCAGAAGCAAAUUGAAGAUUCCCAAACUUCAAUUCAGACAGUUUGGUGGUGAAACGAAAGAUUGGCUUGGAUUUUGGAAUCAAUUCAGCAGAAUUGAUGAAGAUUCUGAUAUAGAAGAGGAGGAUAAACUACAAUAUUUAGAUCAAGCUACCACACCAGGCUCUCGAGCUAGACAAAUUGUGGAAAGUUACCCUGCUUCUAAAGGUAACUAUGUUAAAGCAGUGGAUAGUUUGAAACAAAGAUUUGGAAGAGAAGAUUUGUUAAUAGAAGUUUAUGUCCGAGAACUUCUCAAGCUAGUUUUGAUGAAUCUGAAUACCAAAAAUAAACUAUCAACAUUUUUUGACAAAAUUGAAUCACAAUUGAGAGCAUUAGAAAGUCUGGGUGUAAAAUCAGAUACCUGCGCUGCGAUGCUAUACCCUUUGGUUGAAUCAUGCCUAGGAGAAGAUUUAAUACGAGCAUGGCAUAGAAGUCAGUUCUAUUCAUCAGAGUGCAGUUUGAAGAAGCGUCUUGAUGCUCUCAUGAAUUUUCUGAGAGAAGAAGUGAUGAACGAAGACAGAAUUCAUCUCGCGGUGUCCAGUUUCAAAGACAGACGAAAGCCUGAAGAUAGGAGCAUACGUACUAGUUCUAAUGUACCCACUGCUUCUGAAUUGUACAACAAAGGAGUUCCACGAUGUGUGUUUUGCAAAAAUUCACAUUCAACUGAUCAAUGUAAGGAAGUGUUGAAACUCAGUUUUGCAGAAAGGAGACAGAAAUUGUCAGAAAAUGCUUGUUGCCACCUAUGCACCAAAUUUGGUCAUAUAGCUCGAAGAUGCCGCUCUCGAGAAAAAUGCCACAGAUGUCAAGGUAGACAUUGUGUUAUUAUGUGUCCCAAAAACGAUGUCGAGUCAUCAUCGAGUUCAAAUGAUAGGAAUUUGAAACAGCCAAACUUAAAAAUUGAUGAACACAGUCUGUCCAACCACACUUUUCCCGAAAUUUUUUUGCAAACCAUAGUAGUAGAACUGAGGGGGGACAAAGAAUGUCGCCGAGUAAGACUCUUGAUCGAUACUAGAUCCCACAAGUCAUAUAUUACAAGAAAAAUUGCCGAAGAGAUGGGGUACCCUCCAGUUCGAGAAGAACAGCUAGUACAUUCAUUUUUUGGAGGAACACAAACUGAAUCUGUGAGUCAUAGAUGCUUCAGAAUUUCUCUUCAAAGUCUUACUGAAGACUACUGUUGCAACUUCGAAGUUUUGGAUCAACCAUUGAUUUGCAACCACAUAAGCUCAGUGAAAAAGGGACCUUGGCUGGAUGAACUGAAACAAAUGGGAGUAGAAAUUACUGAUACUACAGAUGGGCCAAUUGAUGUUUUGGUUGGUGCCGACAUAGCCGGAAAACUUUUUUCCGGACGUAAACAAGAUUUGGAUUGUGGACUUGUAGCGGUUCAUACAUUACUAAGUUGGACACUCAUGGGAAAACUGAAAUCAGAAUACUCAUCUAAGACAUCCCUUCUUGUAACUUCAAUGUUUUCGAAAAAUGUGUCCAUAUGUGACUUAUGGAACCUAGAUGUCCUUGGUAUUCAAGCUCCUGAAAAUUCUGAAUCACAACGGGAACAAGAAAAACUUGUUAUGGAACAUUUUCUAACAACAGUUAAACGAAGAGAUGACAGGCCAUAUGAAGUGUGUAUGCCUUGGAUUGAAGGUCAUCCCCCUUUAUCAUCCAACUUCGAUUUAUCCUAUAAAAGACUCCUCCACACUGUGAAAAAGUUGAAAAAGGAUAAUUUCUAUAACGUCUACGAUAGCGUCUUCGACAAUUGGUUAGCUGAAGGAGUUAUAGAAUGUUCGUCAGAAAAUGAACCUCUUGAAACAUCAUCUCAGUCUGGUCAUUUUUUACCUCAUCAUCCAGUAUAUAAGCCCAGUAGUACCACAACACCUGUACGUCCAGUUUUUGAUGCUUCGUCAGGAGCAAAGAAUCAACCAUCUUUGAAUCAGUGCCUUGAGAAAGGAAUCAACCUCAUUGAAUUAAUUCCAUCUAUGAUUCUACGUUUCCGCUUGGAUAAGAUAGGAAUCACAGCUGAUAUAAGAAAGGCAUUUCUUCAGAUUGGAUUACAAGAAAACGAUAGAAACUUUCUGAAGUUUCUUUGGUAUGAUAAAAACGGAAAAAUAAAAAUUUAUAGACAUGCCCGUGUCGUAUUUGGAGUAACUUGCAGUCCUUUUCUAUUGGGAGCAGUCCUCGAAUUUCAUCUGCAGGAAACUCUAAGAGAAUCAAUUCAUGAAGAAAACUCCUAUAGUCCCGAAGUUAUUUCGAAAUUAUUGAAGUCAUUUUACGUUGACAAUAUUCUUAUAAGUGUACAAAACGAAGAAGCUCUCAACCAAAUUAUUGAACAGUCAACUAAAAUUCUGGCUGAUGGAAAGUUCGAGUUGAGAGGGUGGGAGCAUUCUUUGCCAGAAAAUGUCGAAGUCGAAGCAAAAAGUAACAUCCUUGGACUCAUCUGGAAUCGUAAAUUGGACACCUUAGAACUUUCUCUAGAAUGGUUUGAUAAAAUGGAUGUAGGACUGAUAACUAAACGAACUAUAUUAUCUGCAGCACACAAACUGUUUGAUCCAAUUGGUUUCUCAUGUCCAGUGACACUGAUCCCAAAAAUUUUGCUCCAAAGGACUUGGUCUACGAAAUUGGGAUGGGAUUUGGAAGUUGAUGAAGUAGUUCAAGAAUUAUUCCUGAAGUGGUUACAAGAACUACCCUAUUUGACAUCCGUUAAGAUUCCUCGGUGGAUAUCUUUAGAUUCCACUAUAUUGACCACUCAAUCUGUACAUGUUUUCUGUGAUGCAAGUGCAGAUGCCUAUGCAGCUUGUAUUUUUCUCAGAACAGAAACUGGUGAUGGUCAAGUGGUUUUGAGAUUAAUCGAAGGAAAAUCUAGAGUAGCACCUAUUAAAAAAUUAACCAUACCACGUCUCGAACUUUUGGCUGCAACAAUUGGAGUGAGAAUAUUUCGAAAUUUCCAGACAAACUAUGAAAUCAACCUUCAAGCAUUUUUUUGGUCAGACUCCUCAACUGUUUUAUCUUGGAUCAAAAGGAAAGAAAAUUGGAAACCAUUCAUCUGGAACCGUGUUGAAGAAAUAAAACGUUUUUCUAAACCUAUAGACUGGUACCAUGUUCCUGGUGAUAUGAAUCCUGCAGAUCUUCCAUCACGAGGAUGUUCUGCUAAAUCACUAGCUGAUGGAAGAUGGUGGGAGGGUCCAAAAUGGUUGUGUGAUCCAAUUUCCCAAUGGCCUAGUCAGAAUUUUGAUAGUAAGGAAGAGGAAAUAAACUGCGAAAGAAGAAAAACUGUUGUUUCCUCGUUGUCGGUGUCUAAAGAUUUUGUAUGGUACUACAAGUACUUUUCGAAGUUCAGCAAAAUCGUCAAGAUGGUUGCAUGGAUCAAACGAUUUGUCAAUAAUAGCAGAAAGAAAAAUACUGAAGACUCAAAAUUUCUGACUGUCGAUGAACUGGAAGUAUCAAGAAAACUAGUAAUUCGUUUCAUACAAGAAGAAAGUUUUGAGUCUGUAGAAGAUCCCAAAUUAUCAUCAUUAUGUCCCUUUACUGAUAACCAAGGACUGAUCAGAUUGCGAACAAAAAUUUCAGAUAGAACCGAUGCAGAGGAUUUUCGUAUGCCAUUUGUAUUGCCCACAAACCAUGAAGUUGUGAAACGUUUGAUUUUCGAAGAACAUAUAAAGAAUAAUCAUGUUGGAGUACAAGGAUUGAUGAGUAUUCUUAGAGCGAAUUAUUGGAUUCUUAAAAGUAGACGCACUAUUAGAUCCGUUAUCAGUGGUUGCAUCCCUUGUAAGCGAUUUAGAUGCAAACUUCUCAAAUGUCCUGCCAUAAGUUUACCAGAAAACAGAGUCCGUGAUGCUGCUGUAUUCGAGAUUGUGGGCAUAGAUUUAGCAGGACCUUUGUACCUUAAAUCAAAUGAGAAAGUGUGGAUUGUUUUAUAUACUUGUGCUGUCUAUCGAGCUGUUCAUCUUGAAUUAACAUCGUCCUUGUCAAGUAAUGCGUUUCUACAGACAUUGAGAAGAUUCAUAGCUCGUCGAGGUAGACCUUCAACAAUCUAUACAGAUUGCGGAACGAAUUUCGUUGGAUGUGCAAAUGCCUUGCAAGAAAUAAACUGGUUGGAAGUAGCUGAAAACUGUACGAAAUUACACCAAAUAAAAUGGAAGCUGAAUCCUCCUACAGCUGCGUGGUGGGGAGGUUGGUGGGAGCGGCUUAUAAGAUUAUUGAAAGAUUUGUUACGAAGAACUCUUGGGAAUACAAGUCUUGAUUUCGAAGAACUGCAGACUGUUCUUUGUGAUUGUGAAGCAGUUCUGAACGCUCGCCCAUUGACAUACAUGUCCGAAGAUCCAAACGAUUGUAUUGUUCUCACACCAGCAAUGUUCUUACAAGACAUCAAAGAAGUUGGAGUAACUGAUCUUGAUUUAGUUGAAGCCAAAGAUCUUAGCAGACGAUUCAAGUAUCGUUUGAAACUAAAAAAUGAUUUGAACAGAAGAUUCAAGUCAGAAUAUUUAGGCCGACUUACUCUCUUCUCGAAGAAAACCUCAAGUGAAACAAUCGGAAUUGGAGAUAUUGUCCUGAUCUCGGAUUUCAAUAAAAAGAAAUUGGAAUGGCCCAUAGGUCGAGUUGUUGAAACUAUUUCUGGACGUGAUGGAAGAGUGAGGUUGGUCAAGUUGAAAACUGCCACAGGUGAAUUACUGAGACCAGUACAACGUAUUUCAUUACUGGAAAUGAAAAGGUCAUUAGAUUCACCAAGACCAGCAGUGACAGAAAAGAAAAGCGAUAAUGAUACCAAAGGUGAAGAGGAACAGUUAUCAAAAAGAUCGUUAACUAGAGAUCCGGUAGUUAGAACGAGAUCAGGAAGACCUGUAAAAGUUCCUGAAAGAUUUGGACAUUGA